AUGCCACCCCAAACUGGCUGCCACCCCAAACUGGCUGCCACCCCAAACUGGCUGCCACCCCAAACUGGCUGCCACCCCAAACUGGCUGCCACCCCAAACUGGCUGCCACCCCAAACUGGCUGCCACCCCAAACUGGCUGCCACCCCAAACUGGCUGCCACCCCAAACUGGCUGCCACCCCAAACUGGCUGCCACCCCAAACUGGCUGCCACCCCAAACUGGCUGCCACCCCAAACUGGCUGCCACCCCAAACUGGCUGCCACCCCAAACUGGCUGCCACCCCAAACUGGCUGCCACCCCAAACUGGCUGCCACCCCAAACUGGCUGCCACCCCAAACUGGCUGCCACCCCAAACUGGCUGCCACCCCAAACACGGUGCCACCCCAAACUCGCUGCCACCCCAAACUGGCUGCCACCCCAAACUGGCUGCCACCCCAAACUGGCUGCCACCCCAAACUGGCUGCCACCCCAAACUGGCUGCCACCCCAAACUGGCUGCCACCCCAAACUGGCUGCCACCCCAAACUGGCUGCCACCCCAAACUGGCUGCCACCCCAAACUGGCUGCCACCCCAAACUGGCUGCCACCCCAAACUGGCUGCCACCCCAAACUGGCUGCCAGCCCAAACUGGCUGCCACCCCAAACUGGCUGCCACCCCAAACUGGCUGCCACCCCAAACUGGCUGCCACCCCAACCUCGCUGCCACACCAAACUCGCUGCCACACCAAACUCGCUGCCAACCCAAACUCGCUGCCACCCCAAACUCGCUGCCACCCCAAACUCGCUGCCACCCCAAACUCGCUGCCACCCCCAACUCGCUGCCACCCCCAACUCGCUGCCACCCCCAACUCGCUGCCACCCCCAACUCGCUGCCACCACAAACUCGCUGCCACCCCCAACUGGCUGCCACCCCCAACUGGCUGCCACCCCCAACUGGCUGCCACCCCCAACUGGCUGCCACCCCCAACUGGCUGCCACCCCCAACUGGCUGCCACCCCCAACUGGCUGCCACCCCCAACUGGCUGCCACCCCCAACUGGCUGCCACCCCCAACUGGCUGCCACCCCCAACUGGCUGCCACCCCCAACUGGCUGCCACCCCCAACUGGCUGCCACCCCCAACUGGCUGCCACCCCCAACUGGCUGCCACCCCACACUCGCUGCCACCCCCAACUGGCUGCCACCCCACACUCGCUGCCUCCCCAAACUCGCUGCCACCCCACACUCGCUGAUACCACAAACUCGCUGCCACCCCAACUCCCUGCCAUCCCAAAUUAGACACUUGACUCUCCCUGCCACCCCAAAUCCCUGCCACCCCAAAUCCCGGCCACCCCAAAUCCCGGCCACCCGAAAUCCCUGCCACACCAAAUCCCUGCCACCCCAAACUGGCUGCCACCCCAAACUGGCUGCCACCCCAAACUGGCUGCCACCCCAAACUGGCUGCCACCCCAAACUGGCUGCCACCCCAAACUGGCUGCCACCCCAAACUGGCUGCCACCCCAAACUGGCUGCCACCCCAAACUGGCUGCCACCCCAAACUGGCUGCCACCCCAAACUGGCUGCCACCCCAAACUGGUUGCCACCCCAAACCGGCUGCCACCCCAAACUGGCUGCCACCCCAAACUGGCUGCCACCCCAAACUGGCUGCCACCCCAAACUGGCUGCCACCCCAAACUGGCUGCCACCCCAAACUGGCUGCCACCCCAAACUGGCUGCCACCCCAAACUGGCUGCCACCCCAAACUGGCUGCCACCCCAAACUGGCUGCCACCCCAAACUGGCUGCCACCCCAAACUGGCUGCCACCCCAAACUGGCUGCCACCCCAAACUGGCUGCCACCCCAAACUGGCUGCCACCCCAAACUGGCUGCCACCCCAAACUGGCUGCCACCCCAAACUGGCUGCCACCCCAAACUGGCUGCCACCCCAAACUGGCUGCCACCCCAAACUGGCUGCCACCCCAAACUGGCUGCCACCCCAAACUGGCUGCCACCCCAAACUGGCUGCCACCCCAAACUGGCUGCCACCCCAAACUGGCUGCCACCCCAAACUGGCUGCCACCCCAAACUGGCUGCCACCCCAAACUGGCUGCCACCCCAAACUGGCUGCCACCCCAAACUGGCUGCCACCCCAAACUGGCUGCCACCCCAAACUGGCUGCCACCCCAAACUGGCUGCCACCCCAAACUGGCUGCCACCCCAAACUGGCUGCCACCCCAAACUGGCUGCCACCCCAAACUGGCUGCCACCCCAAACUGGCUGCCACCCCAAACUGGCUGCCACCCCAAACUGGCUGCCACCCCAAACUGGCUGCCACCCCAAACUGGCUGCCACCCCAAACUGGCUGCCACCCCAAACUGGCUGCCACCCCAAACUGGCUGCCACCCCAAACUGGCUGCCACCCCAAACUGGCUGCCACCCCAAACUGGCUGCCACCCCAAACUGGCUGCCACCCCAAACUGGCUGCCACCCCAAACUGGCUGCCACCCCAAACUGGCUGCCACCCCAAACUGGCUGCCACCCCAAACUGGCUGCCACCCCAAACUGGCUGCCACCCCAAACUGGCUGCCACCCCAAACUGGCUGCCACCCCAAACUGGCUGCCACCCCAAACUGGCUGCCACCCCAAACUGGCUGCCACCCCAAACUGGCUGCCACCCCAAACUGGCUGCCACCCCAAACUGGCUGCCACCCCAAACUGGCUGCCACCCCAAACUGGCUGCCACCCCAAACUGGCUGCCACCCCAAACGGGCUGCCACCCCAAACGGGCUGCCACCCCAAACGGGCUGCCACCCCAAACGGGCUGCCACCCCAAACGGGCUGCCACCCCAAACGGGCUGCCACCCCAAACGGGCUGCCACCCCAAACGGGCUGCCACCCCAAACGGGCUGCCACCCCAAACGGGCUGCCACCCCAAACGGGCUGCCACCCCAAACGGGCUGCCACCCCAAACGGGCUGCCACCCCAAACGGGCUGCCACCCCAAACGGGCUGCCACCCCAAACGGGCUGCCACCCCAAACGGGCUGCCACCCCAAACUGGCUGCCUCCCCAAACUGGCUGCCUCCCCAAACUGGCUGCCACCCCAAACUGGCUGCCACCCCAAACUGGCUGCCACCCCAAACUGGCUGCCACCCCAAACUGGCUGCCACCCCAAACUGGCUGCCACCCCAAACUGGCUGCCACCCCAAACUGGCUGCCACCCCAAACUGGCUGCCACCCCAAACUGGCUGCCACCCCAAAACUGGCUGCCACCCCAAAACUGGCUGCCACCCCAAACUCGCUGCCACCCCAAACUCGCUGCCACCCCAAACUCGCUGCCACCCCAAACUCUCUGCCACCCCAAACUCUCUGCCACCCCAAACUCGCUGCCACCCCAAACUCGCUGCCACCCCAAACUCGCUGCCACCCCAAACUGGCUGCCACCCCAAACUGGCUGCCGCCCCACACUCGCUGCCACCCCAAACUCGCUGCCACCCCACACUCGCUGAUACCACAAACUCGCUGCCACCCCAACUCCCUGCCAUCCCAAAUUAG